AUGAGAUUUUAUAACGUCGGGCCCGUGAGGUGGUUUACUUCAGGCUCUUUUGGCGCCCACCCUGCCGCCGUUCGCGAUGCUCAGCGCAGCUUCAUGGACAAAGCGGACGCGCAGCCAGACCCAUACAUUCGGCGACAUCAGUCCGACUAUCUUACGGAGUCCCGCGAGGCCGUCGCGCAAGUUCUAAAUGCCCCGCGAGAUGAAUGCGUAUUCGUGAAGAAUGCCACCACCGGUGUCGCUACCGUUCUUUACAACCUAGCGUUCCAGCCCGGCGAUGCAGUCAUCUACUUCGAGCCCAUAUACGGCGCUGUGGAGAAAGGUCUCGUCUCUCUACAAGAGCAUACGUCCCUCCAACCGCGCAAGGUGCGCUUCCAGUAUCCAAUCUCGGAGGUUGAGCUGGAACGUCGCUUCCGUGAUGUCGUGCAACAUGCUCGCGAGGUCGAAGGCUUAAACGUUCGCGCUGCGGUGUUCGACCUUAUCGUCAGUAACCCCGGCGUGAGGUUUCCAUUCGAGCGUUUCACUGGUGUUUGUCGAGAACUGGGGAUGAUGAGCAUCAUUGACGGCGCGCACGGGAUCGGUCAUAUUCCAUUAGACAUGCAAGAGCUACAACCUGAUUUUCUCGUGUCCAAUUGCCACAAAUGGCUCUAUAACCCCCGCAGCUGCGCCGUUCUCUACGUCCCCAAACGCAACCAACAUUUCCUUCGCACCACCCUCCCCACCUCAUGGACUUUCAUCCCCUCCCCCGACUCCCCCGAGACAGGCGUCUCCACUCUCUCAGACGCAAACGCACCCUCCACCCAGACCCCAUUCGAACAACUCUUCGAAUUCGUCGGCACAACGGACGAUUCAGCCUACAUGUGCGUCCCCGCAGCCCUGAAAUUCCGAGCCGAGGUCUGUAGCGGCGAAGACGCAAUCAUGUCAUACUGCUGCGAGCUUGCCAACGAAGGCGCCGAAAUCGUUGCCCGAGCGCUGGGCACAUCCGUGCUCCAGGAACCCGAUCUAAAAGUGGGUGAGGAAAGCCGGAUGCGCAAGUGUGCGAUGACGACGGUGCGGCUGCCUAUCGCAAUCGCUACCCCGGAUGAGAAUAGCAAUGCUGGUGCCGACGCCGAUCUCGCGCCGUGGGUUACUCUCUCCGAAGAAGCGGCGCUGAGGGCUCUAGCACGCAUACAUCGUGGACUGAUGGACGAGUAUCGCACGUUUGUGCCAGUCUUUCCUCAUGGUCCGUGGUUGUGGGUCAGGUUGAGUGGGCAGGUUUAUUUGGAGAGAGGUGAUUUUGAGUGGUUGGCAGGUGCGUUGGGGGAGCUGUGUCGUCGUGUGGUAGAUGAGUUCCAAAGCUAUUGA